ACCGACGAGCGCGAGCUCCGCGACGUCUUCGGCAAGUACGGCGAGAUCAAGGACGUCCACCUGCCCACGGACCGGGAGACGGGGCGCCUCCGGGGCUUCGCCUUCCUGUCCUACAACGACACCCGCGACUGCGACGACGCCCUCGCGGCCAUGAACGGGCGCGUCGGCGGGCGCACGCUCCGCGUCUCCAAGGCGCAGCCCCGCGGCAGCGGCGCGGGCCGCCCGCCGCCGAACGGCGACCGCCGCGGCGGCGGCGACGACCGCGGCGGCGGC